UAAUAAAUUAAAAGAAAUUAAAAAUUCAAUUGAAAUGAAAUGAACAAAUCGAAAAGUGAAGUCAGAGGGAUUUGGGCGUGUCGAGAAUGUCCCAUCAUGCAUUCGAUUGUUUAGUGAAAUCUUUCAAUUAAUAAACGAAAUCCAAAUUUACGGUCAUCGCUACGAAACUAAAUAAGACCUUUUUGGUGCCUUCUCUCCUUCUUUAGGGUGGAGAGUUUUCUAUUUUCUAAUCAACGAGAAUGCAAAGUUCAUAGCUUCUAGAAGCAAAUCUUAAACAAAUAUAUUAAGCGUUGUAACGACAACGGCGAAGGACUUAAUCGAUUCGGAAUUUUAUGAUUAUUAGCAAUAUUUGCCUAUCAUCACUAAGUCAACGAUGAAUAACGUGAAAUGCCAAUGCAUGUUAAUAGCAACUAAGUAGGAUGAAGUUAUUAUGUCCGAGCUUUGAUAUCCUGAAGCAAUCUUUAAAGAUUGUAAUCUUCUUAGUUAAAGAGUUUGAGAACUUUUGGAUCACUUUGAAGGUUGAACGCCACUUUUGACAUCUUUAAAUAAAAUUUUCAUAUAAUGGAAAAUUAUUGAACAAUUUCGGUAACGUGAGAGAGCGAAGUCAAAACACAGAUUUACAGGAUUUUCUCUUCUUGUCCUUUCAAGGACCGAAAGCACCGUUCCGAUAUAAUUCGUCUUGAAUAUCAACAUGAGUAAAUCCGGUUUUUCUACCCUCAACCGUUGGCUUGGUAGAAAAAAUAAAGAAAAAUCUACACCGAAUGGAAAAUUAUCAAAAUCGAGUAAUAAUUUAUCCAUUUCAUCCAGCAAUAUAAGUGACACGAGUCAAUUGGAAUACAAUCGUAUUACGCCAUUGCCAGUGGCCACUAGUAAAGCUCCCUUUGAACAAACUUUUCGCAUAACGGUGCUAUUGCCUAAAGAUCAAUUGUAUGUAACACGUGUGGGGGCUCGGACACCUCUUACUAAAUUGCUGGAAUUGGUAUGCGAUAAUAAAUCUUUGGAUAUAGACAAAUACGAGUUUCGUAAUCCAGUCGAUCCUAGUCAGGUUUACAGUUGCGAUCUGACUAUCGGAGCUGUGGGUCUUUCGGAAAUACGUCUAUGUCACAAAUCGGAAUCCUAUGACACCUUCAACGCUGAUGAGAUAAUUAAACUACGUCGUACUUCCAUCAUACGCGACUCGUUAACUUCUUCAGAGUUUAGUAGCCGCAUUUCCAAGCACACGACUACAAAAACCACUAGUCCUUAUAGUUCUACUAAUUCCUUAAAUUCAAUGGAUUCGUCCGGAUUGAACUACACACGAACUCCUAUAAUAGCACCCACUCUAUUAAAAAAGACGGUCAUGCCUAAGGUGACGGCACCGCCGCGUAAAAAAAGAGCAGCUCCACGACCACCAAGUCAACAAAUUAUAUUGGAAAAAUCACCGCCAAUUAUAGAAAAUGGAGAGGUCGAACGAGACGAUGGAGGGACACUUUCACCUAAUGAAGAAUUCCGAAGGAGAUUUACUUCAGAGUCAAUACUUAACUUAUCCCCUCUUCCCGACAAAAGCCAACAAAGCGAUAUUAACGGCAACAAUUGUCAUAAAAGUGAGGAGAUGGAAACAAACAAAGCCAGAAAUCAAAGAGAAUACGAUAUGGAAGAAGAAAGGAUUUACGAAUCUGUCGACUCGAACGGUUACACAGACGAUACAGUCUUAUACGCCCAAGUUCAGAAGAAAAAUGCUCUAAAUUUGCAACAGGGUGGCAGCAGUUCAGGAAGCACUUUAACUUUAAACAGUUCAGUGAGCGAAACAUGGAGUAAAUUUCCAGAGCCGUGUCCACGUAAACGUAUUGUACAGAUCAAAAAGAAAUCGGCCCCGGCACCGCCGCCUCGAAAUUCAUUAUGUCCGCCAGAAGACAACGUAUCCUUAAAGAGUGUAAAUGCUUCAAGUUCAAGUUGCGAAGAUUGCUUACAAAGGUCUUUAAAAACAGAUGGUCUUCCACCUAAACCUUUAGAACGGGAAACUAAUCAAUCACAUACGUCAUUAAAUACUUUAACAAGCGACAGAGAUGUUAAUGUUCAAGAUAUCAAAAAUAUUGAAAAUUUACACAAGACGGAACAGAUUGAUUUACCAAAGCCGGUGCCGCGCAUGACCAGCACUACUUUGUUAAACGCUACCGAUGUUGAAAAUGAUCUUAAGAAUCUUGAAAGCGAUAAUAACCAGUCUCCCAAAAUGAUUUCAAAUGUUUCCAAAGUUAUUUUAAAUCGCACUCCUACCCCCGAGCCACGUUCACUUUCUUCCGAAGUACCAGAAGAGGACUCUUGUUUCGGGAAUCAACACAUCGAUCAGCUGAAAAGCUCCUUAGAUGAUGAUAACGUCUCCAAACAAGCCGACUCAGGUAUAGGAGAGCCUGUACCCUCUCCAGUACCAGAUAGUCUACCGUCGGACGUUUCUGCAUUGGAAUGCAAGUCGAAUUUCGAAUCCAGCUCAGACGAUGAUGAUAUGGUUAAGGUAUACAAUUUCAAGUUAGGCAAAACGCUAGUUAAGCCCCUAAAUGAGACUCAAACUACAGAAGAACUGACAGUGGUAAAUAGCGGACAGGAAGGAAUAGAAAACAAAAUUGUAAGUCCAAACGCUCCAUCUGAAUUGAAUUCUUGGAAUUUCGGUAUGCCGAUAUCGCCGCCACCUAACUUUGCUGAUUUUAAAGCCUUAGGUAAAAAGGAAGAGGAGAAGAAAACCGAUAAGCCAAUAACACCAAAGAUUUUAGAGAGGCCUAUGCUAAAUUUUGAGAUUCUCCAAAAAGAGGAGGAAGGAUUAGAAAAUAGAAAAGAUAUUGAAGCAAUUAAUAAGAGCAGUGAAGCUCUGCCGGAAGCAGUGACAGCAAUAGACAAGGGACGAAAUUACAAGAAAGAUGAUCCACUUAAAAGUCCCACUGCUCCUUUAAAUGGUUUGGUUGAAGAAUUGUCCUUAAUUCUGCAAGAGAAAGGCGUAGAUUCCCUAAUUAAGAAACCAACUGAGCAAUUGGAAAUCCAAGCAGUUAAACCUAAUCCUUUAAAUAAUUUUACCAUAACACCUUUAGUUAUCAAUAACUAUAACCCCAAAGAGAUUUCGAAUGAAACAAAAAUCGAUUCAAGUCCCUCUCCCACUAACAGCCUGGGAGAAGAUGAGAAAUUAUAUCGCAAACGUGGUAGUGUAACGAGUCUAAAGCAACGUCGAUCCAUUUCCAGAGCCGACUCUUUUCACUGCACUAACCCAAAGGCGGAAGUCUCGGGAUUAAAUAAUCGCAGCUCUUCGCAAUUAUCGCUCCAUAAACUCGAGCAGAAUACUGUAUGCUUAAAUCGAAGACGUUCGUCUAGCGAGCUAAGUAUAGGAGAAUCGCCUUCUUUGCAAAGUUUAGAGGUAAUUAAGACCAUACUUAGCAAUAAACGCAAAAGCAGCAUAACACAGAACAGCGAUGACGAAUUGAUCACUAAAGACUUAAUAAACUCACGCAGACCCUCACAAGAAUUACAGUUCACCAGUUUGGAAUUGAAGCCAAAAUAUGGUAACGAAAGGAAUUUGAAUCAAGACAUUAAGGAAUGUAACGAAACCAAAGCUAACCUUGAGCUGGUAGCAAAAGAACAACCUAAAUUUUAUAAGUAUACCGGGCCGCCAAGCGUUAAUGUCGGCACUUGGAAUGAACGUCCUAAGGUACAGGUGGCUAUCAAAAACGAAGGAGACUACAUAUUUGGUGGGAAGAGUUCCGAAGCUCUCAAGAACGUAAUGCAAAGUCCGAAAAUUAAUCGGCAGACAGAAAGAGAAAAUUUGAAGACCACCUCCUCCUCCUCCCGACCUGCCCUCCUUCAACGUCUGGGUAUAACCGAGCAUGACUUUAAAGUACCUGUAACGGUAAAGCCUUUAAAAGAUUUGAAAACGGAUGACAAUAUAACGAAAUUGCAGAGAGACGAGAAGCGUCCCACUGUAGAAGCAGUUUUAAGACCUCAAACCCAAACAAUUGUCAACCUUUUUGCACUGCCCAGAAACGUUAACAGAUAUAGUAUGCCUGCAGUCCCAAAUAAUACCCUACUACGGUCCACUUCAAUAACGCAAAAUGAUAAAAGGCGAACUGUCGUUGAGGAGAAAGUCGUAGCGGCUCCCUUUGGGCAAAACACCUUAAGACGCACAGGCUUAAAAGAGAAAAUCCUAGCUAAAGAAGAACAACGAAACCAAGAGCAGCAACCAAACGUGAGAAAAAUAGAAACUCCCAAAAUGAAUGGUGAGAUUAGACCAUCGCCAUCAGAAAUACCAGCAAACAAAUUGAAUUUGAAUUUGAAAAAAACGAAUUCAAUGCUUUUAGAAAAUCCUUCAGUAAGAGGAGGAAAAGCUAUGAGCUCGACGACAGGAUCGCCAACAACGAUACCAAUGGCCCCACAAAUGCAAAUAAAAUUAAAAUCUCUUAAAAUAGAAAGCAAUUCAAUGGCUACGUCUCCUUCUAGCGAACCAAAGGAACAAUUAUUGGAAGCCAUACGUAAUUUUAAUAAAACGCAAUUGAAAAAAUGCUAAACAAAUGGAGAACAAUAUGGACAAUGAAUGAAAAUGGAGAAGCAAAAAAGCGAAAUAUCUUAAAGAAUGCAAAGGCAUACCGAGAAAUAAUUAAAUAGAUUAAUUUUAAAACUAACACACACAAAAGUCCACAAAAGUCAACAGUUCAUUUUUGUUUUUAUUUUUUUUUUUUUGCCUUUUUUUUUUAUCAAACAAAAUAAAAGAGAGUUGAGAAGCUUCCUUAAUACGUAGAAAAAUGCUUACAACAAGAGGUUUUUCUUUCGACGGUGGUGAUUAUUUCAGUCAUAUAAAAAUUCUGCCUUACAUUUACCGGCUUGGAACGUAAUUGCUAAGUUAAGUCACAAUUAUUGUAAACUUUGUAAAAUAAGAAAAAUCAAAAAAAAAAAAAA